GGAAGGCGACAAUCCAAUUGCUGGCAAACUUAGGAGUCUUCGGUAAGCCGGUGUGCUGAAGUUUGUCCAGAAGCAUACGUCAUAAUGAGGUGCAUUCUUUACCUGCUGCUGUGGGCAGCGGUGGGUAUUUUGGUAUCUUGCGAGGACGAUCCAACAGAGUCUUUGGCAGGAGUGCACGAUUUAACACAAGCUGAUUUCGACAAGGUCGUCACCGGUGGAAAGCAUGCCCUCGUAGAAUUCUAUGCUCCCUGGUGCGGCCACUGCAAGCAUCUCACUCCAGAGUACAAGAAGCUUGGAGAGGCAGUAGCCAAGGACCCGAAGCUGAAGAACUCGGUGGUGAUCGCCAAGGUAAACGCAGACGACCACAGGGAAAUUGGAGAGAGGUUUGGGGUGCGGGGCUUCCCCACCAUUAAGUACUUUGGGCGCGGCAAGCCCACAUCAGCACCAGAGGACUACAACGGCGGGCGCACGGCGGAGGCGUUCCUGGCCUACCUGCAAGAGAAGGUGGCUGCCGACAAGGGCUUUGCGCGCAUUGGCUCCCUUGACACGCUGGCGCGCGACUUCCUGGCAGCUGCCGACAAGACCGGCGCGGCCGCCGCCUUCAAGGCAGCCGCCGAGAAGCUGGACGAGGCGCAGAGGGCUGCUGGCCUGCUCUACGGCAAGUUCGCCGAGAAGGCCGUGGCAAAGGGAGGGGACUUCUUCAAGACGGAGACGGCGCGGCUGGAGCGGUUGCUGGACAGCGGCAAGGUGGGCGCCAACAAGGCGGCCGAGAUCAGCCAGAAGCUGUCAGUGCUCAGCGCCUUCUCCCCCGACGACGAAGAGGAGGACGAGGCCACCAAGGAGCAGCUCUCCAAGGCCGAGGAAUAGGCAGUGCCAGCUGUCUUAGUGAUGUGCACCAAGAGCUGAGUCACCUGGUUUACAGCUCUGGAUAAACAGGCUCCCUGAGCCUGGCUCAUCACAGGGGAUAGAGCGGGUUCUGCUGCUGGCUGAGAGAGGGAAGACCAAAGCACCAAGCUGUCCAAUGCUGAGAAGUAGAGAGGGCCAGCUGUUUGUUUGCGAUGAGCACCCGGGCUGAAAGAAGUGGUGGGAGUAGAGAGUUCCACUUGUCUUUGUGAUGUGCACCCUGAGCUGACUGAUUUACUAAACAGGUCUGGUGGUACAGAUGCAUUGAUUAAGAGUAGAGCACAAUGUUUCUGCUGAGAGCUGUGCUAUAUUGGCUUCUGUUUCUUUGCGGCUCGAGCACAAUACAAUGUGUCUCUGUAGUGUGAAGCCUCAGCUUGAGAUCGCGUCCUUCGAAGGACAUGCAUGGCAUAUCAUUCUUUUUCCUAGAUGCUCAUUGCAAGUUAGGUUCAACUC